AAGCUUCGCCAUAUUACCCCUGGGCAGAUUUCCAUCGAGAUUUUCAUCGAGAUUCAUCGGGACUCCAUCCCCACAGAUUAUCCGGUAAUUCUGGUCUGGCAGUCAAUACCAUCAAUACUCGUCAACGCCUCAAUAGAAGAGGCGAACCGUCUCGGCUGUCUCCGCGGCUUCGAUCUCCCCGCCGAUAAGCUCGCACCACUGCGGAGCGUGCUUCCUUCCCCAGGCGGGUCGAGCUCCUGGCUACCACUCCAGCCGACUACUUCAAUAGACGCUGCUCGGCUCUCUAUUUCAAUACUCGAUCCUGAGGUCGAGCUCCUAGUUACCUCCGUCUACUACUUCAAUAGACACGGUUCGGCUCUCUAUUUCAAUACUCGAUCCUUGGAGGUCUGUAUUCCGCGGAUCCAGCUCAAGAGUCAGGACGGACAGCGCUACCUGCCACCCAACAGGAGGAAGAAGACCGGUGCCUAA